CUUUUAUACGUCAGAAUCCAUAGAAAAAGCAAAAGGAAAUCGUAUAUAAUGUGAUAUUUGAACAUGAUUCUACUUUUUCUUCAAAAUGUCUUUCUUUUUGACAUAGAAAAGGGUGUUUGAAUAUAUGUAUUAUAUACUUUUUUUUUUACAUGCUUUUUCAACAGCCUUUAUAUUCUACGCGUUUGAUGUUCUUUUUUUUUUUUUAUAAUAGAUUAAGUAUACUAACAAAAAGUUUCUCUUACUUUUUUUUAUAGACUUAACCAUUAUUUCUUGAUCACAAUAAUACAUGUCAGCUGAUUCAAAUUCUGGACGAUUUCCAAAGAAAUACUCAACUUCCACAAACAAAUCAAAUCCUCUAGCGAAUACAAAUUCUCCAAGGACGAAAAACGCAAGGUCAUUGACUACAGGAAGUAAAGUCUCAGCACCUAAACCAAUCAACUUACCAAGCUUACGCCAUGAACAUGCCAGUACAUUCGGUAGUCCGGACUCAACAUCUUCUCUUGGUUCUUUGAAUUCUUCUUCUUCCAAUAUACAUGGUUCUUCACCUCAUAAUAUAUCUAGUAGUCAUCCAAUAAGCAAUAUUACUGGAACUACAACCACAACAACAACAACAGCAACAACUUCAACUUCAACGAUACCUACCACUCGAUGGGGCUCUCCAGGUUCAUUAUUCCCUUCACAAACUAGUCAACAAAAAUCCUCAAUGAUCAAUCAUCAUGACUCAGGAAGAAAGGAAUCAGAUGUAAUUCCAUCCAACUCUUCGCCUUCUACCUCAUCCUCUUCAUCAUUACCAGCCUCCCAUUCAACUGAAACCAAUGCUUUGGAUACCUCACCUACUGAUCAUGAUCGACAUAAUACAACAACUUUAUCUUCUCCUCCACCUCCAUCCUCCGCGUGGUCUGUACCGUCUUCUGUAUCAUCUUCUAAGAAUGCAAGUGAAUCUUCGGAUUUCCAUACUACUAUUGAAAUUGUUACUCCCAAACCAUUAUCUUCUCCACGGAAUGAACGAGCGAAGGUGAUCGUAUCCCAUCAUGCGAAACCAACUGAAAUACCUAUGCCAUUUACUGAAGCUAGUGAACCGUCCUCCAUGUCAUGGGAUGAAAUGGUAUCAGAAGAAAUGGAUUUCUCAAUAUCUGUGGUGGAAUUUGCUGAUGGUACCAAAAUGCCUGUAGAUGAUCAAAAUGAUACAGAGGUUCUCGAUAAUGACAAUCAAGGUAAUGAGAAUGAAGAUCAUCAGACUUUACAACAACAACCAGUGUUACCGUCCGACCGAUUUACUGAAGAUUACGAUCGAAGUUAUCCACCCAAACGAAGACCAAGUGAACAUCAAACAACACAACAAUUUAAAAGUUCCAGUUAUCGUCACCAGGAUCGAUAUCAUCAUCAUGAACAAUAUAGUACUGAUAGAUAUACAUCAACAACACGCACCACUCAUGGGAAAUGGAAUACUGAACGACGUGAAUCUGUACACAGCACUCACUCUAGUGGAAGUGGACAUUAUCCUCUACGCGAGCGACGACCAAGCAGUUCGAGUAGUACCAAUGGUAAUGUAGCAUGGAACAAUGGACCCCCUUUUGAACAACGAAGACUUAGUCAAGAUCGACCAUAUCAUCUUGGAUCUCCACCUCCUACAAGAUUAUUAGUCAGACGACGUGGUGAUUCAACAACGACAUCAGAUCACGAUCAUUAUCAUCAUCAUUCUUCUGUCACCACCACUACCUCAUCCUCUUCAUUAUAUACUGCCAGUGAUGAUCGACCUCCUGAAAUGGCUGCUGCCCAACGUGAAGCCAUGUUAACAGCAGCGGAACAAGCUAAAAAGCGACGUGAGGCAGACGAAGCCGAACGACAAGCAGCAGCAGAACGUGCAAGACAAAAGGCUUUGGCAUUGGCUCCUCCACUUCCUCAGUUACCAAAGACCGAAGAAGUAUCAUCACAUGUACCAUCCAGCACUAAGACAGCGAGUACCUUACCACCAUCAGAAAAAGAAAACAAAGUUGGCAACGAACAUGAGCUUGUUAAUAACACCAAGACCAUCACUAUUCUCAGCAAGAAGGACACUCUGCAGGAUUUGGAAAAGGGGGCAGACAAGGAUAAGAAAGAUCAACUUGAAAAUCAGCAGCUUGAUAUCUCGGACACAAAAACUAUAUCAGCAGUAUCGGACAACGCGCCAGUAGCGAUUGAAGAAACCAAGGAAUACGCUCAAAUCACUCAAAGCAAGGAAUAUCAAAAUUGGCAUUCCCAAGUCAAAGAUGUGACUCCUAUGAUCCCGACUAUACUCAAAAAACAACAACCACUUCAACAACAACAACAGCGACAACUGGACAAGCAGCAAGAAGAACAACAACCAAUCAGCUCACCUCAGCAACAACAAGACAAGGAGCAAGAGGAACAGCCUUCACAACCUGAACCAGCCGCGGUAUCAUCUCCAUCUUCGGCUCGCAUUACAACCACUAUGACAGCGACUGGUUACUCUGUUGACACUGCCAAACAACCUCCUAGAGAAUUGACGGAAGAUGAAAAAAGCUGGGAACAAUAUGUGAAUAAAAUGAAGACGCCCUCAACAUCUGAUCAUCAUGAUAAGGAAAGUACGACUGUAAUGGAUUGGUCUUCUUACGCUGUACGACUACAAAAGAAAUCGAAACCGAAGCAAGAUAGUACAUUAUCCACAGCAACGGAAUCAGUAGAAAAAUCAGUACAAAACAACGAGACAUCCCCACGCCGGCGUGGAGAUCGUAACGAGGAUGAACCAAUAGUCACCAAUAACAAGGAAUCAUCACCAGUCUUGACUACUUUAUCUUGGCCUGAACGAACGGAUCACCCACCAGCGGCAGUUGAUGAAACAAGUCCUCCUGAAAAAGAUCUGAAAGAUGCCAACAAUGUACCUUCUACAACAUCCCCACCUGUGGUGAAAAAUCGACGAUUCACCAAUCCUAAUUCAAGACUUCGACAAGCACAUUCACCCAUUUUCCCUGAUGUCAUUGAACGACUUGCUGCAACCAAACCUGCGUCUUUACAAUUUAUGGUCAAUCCAGACGAAUCUGAUGAUGAUCUGAUAUUAGACAGGAAGAAAGGUCUUAUGGAAAAAGUAGUACAAGAGGAAGAAAUAAAACCGACAACAACAAAAGCAAGCCAACAACUGCUCCAAAAACAAGUAUUACCUGGCAAAGACGGAAUAGUAGAAUCAGUGAUAUCAUCUCCUCCUCCAUCUUUGUAUCCACAUGGUUUUCCUGUACCCGACAUGUCAUUACCUUCUGUAUCUUCUCCUCCGUCCUAUUAUGAUCUUCAACAUCAUCCCUCAAUUCCCAACAAUAUUCAUUACCCUGUAUUGAUGUACCCUAUGCGACUUCCUUCUACUCAUGUGAUUUCCAAUUCAUCACCAACAAAUUCAACUGGAUCUCAAGCUGUAGGAGUGUACUUGCUGCCACCUGGACAAAAUCCACUAAUAACAAGAACUCCAACUACAACUUCAACUACAUCCAAUGGUAUUAUGGUUUCAGAAAAGGAACGACCACGUCACCAUCAUCAUCAUCGUCAACAUGUUGGAAGUGAAGGAUCAUGGCGAGAUCGAGGACAUUCGACAUCAUUUCAUCAAGGUUCUUGGCGUCAACGUCGUCAUCAAGGUUCCUUUCAUGGACGACGAAGAGGUGGAUCUUAUCAUCAACAACAACAAAAUGGACCUCAACUUGAACCAUCUUCGGCGCCGCUCUAGUUACUUGUUUGAUUUUGCUCUUCCAUAUAAAAACAAAACAUCUUUUUUUCUUUUUUUUUUAUGGAUCACUUUGUAGUAUUUUUUUUUUCAGUGUUGAUAGCAAAAGUCUUAGUUAGCUUGGUUAUUAUUCCAUCUACCCCAAUAAACAAAUGUGUUUUCUCCUCUU